AUGGUUACAUAUUUCCUCAUACCCAAAGAUUUCGUGGAAAAUAAUUCCACGGAAUUCGAACACAUAAACAGAGUAAAUGGCUCAACUUUUCAACAAUCAGCAAGCAACCUGGAUUUUGCGAGGGAAGAAUUGGAUGCUCAGCUGAGUUUGGGUAUCAGCACAAGUGAGCACAAUGUGUUCCAUGGCUAUGGGUUGAAGUGGUUCACUCAGCGAUAUUGCCGUUCUGUGGGGCUCAUUGGGAAUGCCAUGAUGAGGACACUUGAUGUCAGGAAGUCGCGAAGAAGAAUAGCAAUCUUCAAUCUUAACGGGUAG